AUGUCAGAGGAACGAGAACUAAUAAAAAAGCGAGGGAGCUUUAAAGGCCGAUUAACUGCUUUCAUUAAUUAUCUCGAAGCUCUCAAUAUUAAAACAUUAAACGAGUUUGAUGCAACUGAGAUAAAAUUACGACUGGGUAAGAUUGAAUCUUUGUACGAACAAUAUGAUGAGGUACAGACGCGUUUAGAAUGCAUCGUCGAAGAUGCUCGCGCACAGUUCUCUGAGCGAUCCGAGUUUGAGUCACAAUAUUAUAAAUAUUUAGCAAUGGCUCAGAAUCUGUUAACUAAGUUUAAUAACGACAAUAAUUCGAUUAGUAGUAAUAGAAGUACUCGUGCUAGUAAUCAUAAAUUUGUUAAACUACCCACUAUACAAUUGCCCAAAUUUAACGGUUCUUACGAAACUUGGUUGGAGUUUCACGACACCUUCACUAGCCUCAUUCAUUCUAACGAUGAAAUAGAUGACGUUAAUAAAUUUCAUUAUUUACGCGCUUCCCUGGAGGGAUCUGCUGCUGUGGUAAUUCAAUCCAUCGAAUUCUCAGCGAGUAACUACUCGGUGGCUUGGCAGUUAUUGUGCGAUAGGUUUGACAAUAAACGGUUGUUAAUUCAAAAUCACAUCUCCGCUUUGUUUAAUGUUGAACCGAUUGUAAAGGAAUCAUCGUUAACUUUGAAACGUCUCAUUGAUCAAUUAAAUAAAAACUUGCGAGCGUUAGAGUCGCUUGGUGAACCGGUGAAGCACUGGGACACACUUUUAAUUUACAUUGUUACACGCAAGUUAGAUCAAAAAACAUUUCGUGAAUGGGAGGAAUUUAAGGGACGUGAAGAUAAAGACUAUUCUAUAAAAUUUAAGGAUUUCAUUAGGUUUAUGCGUAACCGCGCUGAUUUAAUUGAAACAAUAGAACUGUCGCGAAGCAAUGUAUCUAAUUCAUUUGUAAAGGGUCCUAAGUUGAAGUCUAUGGUGGCUCAAAGUCCAAUCAAUUCCGGCACAGAUGUUGUUACGAGAACUUGCCCUAAAUGUAAAGAUGCAUCUGAGCGGGCGUAUGGAGCGUGCGUCUAUGUUCGCUCCUUAAAUGAUAAAGGCAACUGCAUGGUUCGUUUGUUAACGGCUAAAAGUCGAGUAGCACCGAUAAAACCUAUGACAAUACCACGAUUGGAAUUGUGUGGAGCUUUGGUGGGAGCCCGUUUAUAUGACAAGGUCGUAGGCUCACUUCGGGCAAAGAUAAGUCGUGUCUUUUGCUGGACUGAUUCGACCAUAGUGCUGGGUUGGUUACAGAUGUUGCCUUGUAAGCUUCAGCCAUUUGUGCGCAACCGCGUUGCUGAUAUUUUAGAAAAAACAGACACUUGUAUCUGGAGACACGUUCCAACCUGCAUGAAUCCAGCUGACUUGAUAUCUCGUGGUAUCGAUAUUAGUACUUUGCACAAACAUGAUGUGUGGUGGUCUGGUCCCGAAUUUUUGAUGGAGGAUUCGUCUCGUUGGCCUUCUCAAGUCAGACAUUCUGAGCUUCUACCGGAAACUCGACCUGACGUGUCGUUAAGCGCUGUCAUUGACAACAGUACAUAA